AUGCCCGUGAGCACUUCGAGUGAAAUUGGUAAGCUCCAGAGUCCCUUGAAAGUUGUGGUCUUUGAAGAAGAAGCUGAAGAGGAGGAAGAAGUAGAGUCUGAAGAGGAAUCAUCAUCAUCAGAAGAAGAAGAAGCAGAAAAGCGGAAGGGUACUCAGGGAAUCAUAGAAAUUGAGAAUCCCAAUCUGGUAAAGCCAAAGAAUGUGAAGGCUAAAAAUGUCGAUCUUGAGAAAACAACUGAACUUUCUAGGCGUGAAGGGGAGGAGAUUGAAAUACAAAAGGCUCAUGAGCGAUACAUGAGGUUGCAGGAGCAGGGAAAAAUUGAACAAGCAAAGAAAGAUUUAGGUAAUAUGCAAAAUUGACAAAUUAUAGCUUCAUUUUUGACACUUCAUUGGAAUUCUGUUAAGGCAGGCUAUAAUAUGUGAACUGAAUUUUUUCAAUUAGCAUUCAGGUC